AUGCAGCCUAUCGCGCAUCUUGGUGGCGAGUUUGUCGAAGAAGGUGUGGUCCAGCCACCACAUGACGAAGAUCGUAGAAGGAAGCAUCCCACCGUGGUGCAGAUGGGAUGCGCCACUCUCUGCGGCACUUCGACUGUGCGGAUCUCGGUGCUCUGCAGCGGGAAUGGCACCAACCUGCAGGCUCUCAUCGACUCGUGCGCCUCUGAUGCGCCCGACAGCAUACCGGGCAAGAUUGUCAAGGUGACGGUGAGUAGGAAAGGCGCCUACGCUACGACGCGGGCUGAGAAGGCCGGCAUCCCCACCGAUUAUUUCCAUCCGGUCAAGGAUGGAUAUCAGACACUCGGUGAGAAGGACGCGGGGAAGUUGAACCAAGCUCGUCUCCAAUACGACGCCACAGUGUGCAUCCCACCCCGACCCAGCCCCAACCAGAUAGUCCCCGAGCUCGAGGACGGCACGACCGGGAUCGUGAUCCGCUACGUGGUCGCCGAGGUCGACCGCGGCGAGCCCAUCUUGGUCCGGAAGAUCAAGAUCGAGGCAGGCGAGAGCCUGGAGGCGCUGGAGCAGAAGAUACGCGGGCACGAGCACGGGCUCAUCGUCCAGGCGACCGCCCUGCUGGCAGAGGAGAUAGCUUCCAAGAAGGCGUCCAGGAAGUGA